CUUAAAAUCGUUUCUAAAUUUGGUCGUUUUCUAUGAGCAUGGAAGAAAGAAAGUGCUUUAAGUGUGGAAAACCAGGCCAUCUCAAGAGAAAUUGCCCUUCUGAUGACAGAUCCGGCAAAAAUAUCAAAUGCUUUGGUUGUGGAAGACAUGGGCAUUUUUUGAAAGACUGCACAACUCACGCUGGUAAUUCAAGCUUAUUUGCAACCGAACAAGCGUCUGCACAGCAACAUAAACCAAUAUAUUACCCAGAAUGUAAUACUAAGUUUAUAGAUACACACUGCCAUUUGGAGUACGUGUUUGAGAGAAUGAGACACUCAGGGACUUAUGAAGAUUUCAAAACUAAACAUCGCUUCCCUGACUUCUUUGAGGGCUGUAUUACAACGUUUUGCGAUCCUGCAGCUUUCUCAAGCUUUGGUCUUUGGGAAGAGCUUCUAUCACAGCGUAAUGUGUGGGGUACAUUUGGCUGUCAUCCCCAUAAUGCUCAAUAUUAUAAUGAAUCACUUGAAGCUAAGAUCAUUCAAUGUCUGGAGCAUCCCAAAGCAGUAGCUUUAGGAGAAAUAGGGUUAGAUUACUCCAAGCGUUCACCUUCAAAAGCAGAAAUUCAACAGGAUGUUUUUGCCAAGCAAGUAAAAUGGGCUGUGACGUUGAAUAAACCUCUUGUUGUACACUGCCGAGGAGCUGAAGAUGACACGCUAAGGAUACUUCAACAGAAUGUGCCACAAGAUAUGAAAAUACACAUGCAUUGCUUUACUGGUUCUAGCAAAUCUGCUUUAAAGUUUAUUGAAACAUUUCGAAACCUUUAUAUAGGGAUAACAGGGGUUGUGACAUUCUCAAAAGCUAUUGAUGCCCAUGAACUUGCAUUUGAUUUGCCACUAGAUCGGUUGCUAUUGGAAACAGAUGCUCCUUAUUUUGUACCAGUUGAUGUUGCUAAGGGUAACAAGUGGAGCCAUCCUGGUAUGGUGAUAUAUGUUGCUAAGAAGAUUGCGGAGAUUAAAAAGGUUCCCAUUGACGAGGUCUUGGAGGCUGCUAGAGUCAACACCAAGGCUGUGUACAACAUUUAGCUGCUAUACUACCAGCAARGCUGUGCACAGAAUAUAACUACACUGCCAACAAGGCUGUUUACUGCCAUUUUGAAGGAGGUUGUUGGUGAGAACUAGAAAUGAAUAUUGGUAAAUUGUAGUGUUAUGAAACCAGCUUUAAGAAGGUUGGAGGUGCAUUAUAACCAGGAUUUGGCAUUAUUGUAGAGUUCCUAUAAGCAAAAUUCUCCCUGUGGCUUCACACAAUGCCAAUAUGAUUCCAAGUAUGGAGUAAAAAAAUUAUUUUCUUUAGGUGUCAAAGGUCAGAUUACUAUUUUUGAAAUUUUCUUAAAUGAAUGAAAAAUAUUAUGUACAAUUUUCGUAUAACAAAAUUUUCUAUUUUCUUAAAAUGCUUUAAAAAGCAUUAAAAUGCAUUAAAUAGCAUUAAAAGCAUUAAAAUGCUUUAGUCCUAGUUAGGUAUUAAUUCAAUGCUUGAUAUUUAUCUUAUUUUUUUAAAAUAAUUAAUUAGACUAUAUUUGUAGGUUCUUUAAAWGAAAAAUUUCAAUUGCACAAGUUACAUUUUUUACCUUCCUUUAUGCAAUACUCUACUAAAGUGGGAUUCCUGUGUCACACCAGUUGCAAGAUUAUCAACGCAGGAAGACUAAAAGAGCCGAAAUAUGUCAAUUUCCUGUGGAGUAGUGYAUAAAGGAAGCUAGACUCAUUAAUUAUUGCUCAAAAUAUGCCUCUCCUAGUCUCAAAUAAAUAAAUUAAUAUUUUUUAUUGCUAAAAUUCAAAUUGAUGUGAUAUGUGAACAAUUUUUGGUAUUUGGGAAGGCAUUUGGUAACACUGAUUUAAUUGGAAAUGCCAAUGACAUUGGUGGUCUACUAAGCGCAUAUCAAAUAAAAGGGCACAUGUAAUAUACU